GUAGCGGCUGAUCAAAACUGACUCUCACCCAGUCCUACUUCGAAGUUCAAAACAAACUAAAUUCAAUUACCUUUUUAUUUAUUUUUUUUCUUUGAUUUAAUUUUCGCUUCCACUUUCUCGCACAAAAAAAAAUGUCGAUGUCAUCACCGCCACCACGUUUCAAGCUCUCCGCUCUUUCCAAUGGCGGAGGCAACGGUUCAAUGACAAUCAAUGUGAUCGGAACCAGGAAUUUCGCUCGUUUCAAAGGGAUUAUCGAGAUCGAAUCUCGAUUGAAAUUAACUUCAUCUCGCUUCAAACUCUCCGGUUUUUCCACGCUUCAUUGCGUUAGGCCGCCUGAUUCCGCGGGUAACACGACAGAAAAUGGCGAAAUUGGUAGUGAAUCCAGUGUUUCAGACAUUGGAAUCAGUGAUCAAGAGAAGAUUGGUGGUGGCUGUGGCGGCGGUGGACGUGAUAAUGGAGGUAAUGAUUCGUUUGGUGGCGGUGGAGGUGAGGAUGAAGAGGGGAAAGAGUUUGGACCGAUAUUGAAGUUUGAGGAGGUGAAGAAGGAAGCGGAAGCUAGAGGAGUGAAACUGCCUUCCGAUAUGAUGGAUGCUGCGAAAAGUUACGGAAUUCGUAAAUUGUUCCUUCUACGGUAUUUGGAUUUGCAGGGAUCGAUUUGGCCACUUGGGUUUUUAAUGAAACACUGUUCUAUGCUUCGAGACCGAAUGCUAGCAGAUCCUUCAUUUCUUUUCAAAGUUGGAACAGAGGUAGGGAUCGAUUCUUUUUGCGCAACAUUUGCGGAAAUGAAGAAAAGAGGAGAUGCCUUUUGGUCGGAGUUCGAGUUGUAUCUUGCCGAUGUUUUAGUUGGCUUAGUGAUCGAUGUUGCUUUGGUUGGCAUGUUGGCACCGUAUGCUCGUUUCAGUCAACCAUCGGCGCCAUCCCGAGGUUUAUUUGGGAGCUUACAACAGGCUUGUUCUGCUCUUCCUAGCAGUGUUUUCGAAGCCGAAAGGCCGGGAUGUACAUUCUCGGCGAAACAACGGAUUGCGACAUUCUUUUACAAGGGAGUAUUGUAUGGCUCAGUAGGGUUUGGAUGUGGUCUUGUUGGCCAAGGCAUAGCUAAUCUGGUAAUGACCACCAAAAGGAGAAUACGAAAAUCUGACGAAGACAUUCCGGUGCCGCCUCUUCUGCGAACUGCAUCUCUUUGGGGUGUUUUCCUCGCGGUAUCUGCCAACGCUCGUUAUCAGAUAAUCAACGGGUUAGAGCAACUCGUGGAAGCAUCGCCGGUCACAAAACAAGUCCCACCGGUUGCCAUGGCUUUCACGAUCGGGGUCCGGUUCGCGAACAAUGUUUACGGUGGAAUGCAAUUUGUAGACUGGGCCAAAUGGAGUGGAGUUCAGUAGGGUGGGAGCCGAAUCUCCACAGUCCAAGCUUUUCUUCAAUGGCAUGGCUGACCAUAAAAAUAAAAAAUGCAGCACCAAACGGACUGUUUGGCAAAUUGGAUAACGGCAAUGCCAAUUUAUAGCUUUGGAGAUUUCCAUACUCGGAUCGGGAACUAGUUAGUAGAUUGAUUUAUAAAUUAAUACAGAUAAGAAAAAAUGAAAUCUUUUUUUUUAUUUUUUAUAAUUUAUUUAAUGAAACUGAAUGAAUUGAUUGAUUCGGGAAA